AGGUGAUUGUAUAUGUAGAUAUUUCAGGAAAUUUGGACAGAAUGAGAGUUUUGACCUUCAUUUUGGUGCUGGCGACGGCUGGCUUCUCCGCGGCCCGAACUGCAGGCGAGCCCAAAUUGCGACCAGCCGACGAUGAUGGCGACCACCGCAACCUGGGAGCUCACCCCACCCCUCGUCAACGCGUCAUGGAGGACGGCAGCCUGCGCGCUCUAGAAGAUUCGGCGUUCUGGAACGCGAGAUGCCAAGCGGAGCUAGCCGACCAGCUCGCCAAGACGCCCAUCGUGAGCCAGGCCAAGAACGUGAUCGUCUUCCUCGGCGACGGCACGGGCAUCGCCACCUUCACAGCCGCCAGGCUCCUCAAGGGCCAACGCUCUGGCAAAUACGAGCUCGAGCAGUCCGCUUGGGAACGCUUCCCCUUCUCCAGCAUCAUCAAAACAUACAACACGAACAUGCAAGUCACGGACUCGGCCGCCAGUUCCACUGCAUACCUCAAUGGGGUGAAGGGUAAUCAGGCGACCAUCGGCGUGGACGCCAACGUCUUGCUAGGCGACUGUCUGGCCAUGAACAUCCAGCAGUUCCAUACCGAGUCUGUCCUCAAGAACUUCCAGGACGCUGGUCGUUCCACGGGCAUCGUGACGACGACUCGAGUGACGCACGCAUCCCCCGCCGGCAACUACGCGCACACUGCCGAGCGACACUGGGAGAGCGACGAUGAUAUCAACGAUGACAACGGCGACCCAGACAUGUGCGAUGACAUCGCUGAGCAGCUCGUGCUCGGCAACACCGGCUCAAAAAUCAAGGUGAUCUUGGGCGGAGGUCGCAAGAAGUUCCUACCCAAGGACGCCGUAGAUCCUGAGGGCGAGACUUCUGGCAGGCGAGACGACGGCAAGAAUCUCAUCGACACGUGGAUCAACCAGAAGAACCUGCUGGGCAUGAACAGCUACGUGUGGAACAGGGACCAGCUCUUCACAGUGGACACGGCCAAUACAGACUACCUCUUAGGUUUGUUCGACUACGGCCACAUGGAGUACCGCGUGGAAAACGACUCUUCCAACCCAACCUUGUCUGAGAUGACACGAGUGGCUAUCGAAGUCUUGCAGAUGGACACAAAAGGCUUCUUCCUCUUCGUGGAAGGAGGCCUAAUAGACACAGCUCACCACCUUAACGAGCACAGGUCGGCCGUCGAAGAGGCCUUUGAGUUCGAGAAGGCCGUUGAAGUGGCCGUGUCAAUGACGGAUGUCCAAGAUACUCUCAUCAUCGUCACGGCCGACCACUCACAGCCAAUGACCAUCAACGGAUACCCUAGCAGAGGCAGCGAUAUUCUGGGUCUGGCGUCGGUGUCGGACGUGGACAACAUGCCGUUCACGACGCUCAUGUACACCAACGGCCCCGGCUUCAGGGACCAGAAGAAUGACCUCAGGCCCAACCCCGUCGACGAGAAUUACGAGGAUCCUCACUACGUGGGGCAGGCGACCGUGCCCAUGGUCGAGAGCAACCACAACGGGGAAGACGUCAUCCUAUACGCGCGUGGCCCCCACGCGCACCUCUUCACGGGGAUCCACGAGAAUGCGUACAUCCCCCACGCGAUCAGGUACGCUGCCUGUGUCGGGUCGGGCUUGAGUUUCUGCAGCGCUGAUGCCUGAAGAAAAACUAUCGUCUAAAUAUCGUCAAUUGCCGGACAUCUGAGCGGAUAACACAAAAUAAUGUCGAAGUACCGUCAAUUGCCGGACAUCAACUAAGACAAGACAAACUAACGUCGAACUAUCAUCUACCGCUGGAUAUUAGCUCGAAUAAUUUGACAGUUAAUUUUAAGCGGUGAAUGCAACCCAGGGUUUUGUGUGCCAAAGCUGCCGAAUUUUUAUUAUACAUAUCUAAUAUAUGUGAAUGAAUAAUCUCUAUCAUUUCGCUUUGCGUUUUUCGUUUAUGUUCAAAGUGAAGAAGCUCUGAAUCAGGUUCAAAGUGAAUCAAAAAUCGUGUUUGUCACGGUUAACUCAUGCACGACUGAUGACUGAAUGUUUUUUCAACCAGUUAAUGGGAUAACAAAAAUCUAUAAAUAUUGUACUCCCAGUCACUCAAAGUGCGUCGAUUCUCAAUAUCAAUUCAUACGAAUUUUUGCAUUGAAGUUCUGUCAUCAAUUCUAGCAAAUUUUACAUUAAAAUCCCAUGUAAAAGUUAAUAAUUCGCUGUAAACAUCUAGAAAAAGACCAUGUAAAAGUUAAUAAUAUUCUCAAAAAUUUAAGAAAAUGUUGAAUUAUUUUCAGUGGAAACGUUUCAGGGACCAGCACCCUCAGUCACAAAGUAAAAUAAUAAUUCACGCACAAUUGAUCUAAAAAAUUCUACACAACCUUGAUUGGCAAAUAGAAAUCAUGGUAAAUUGCAGACUAUCUGAAUAUAAACAAUUUCUUGCGGAAAAAAAUAUUGUCAUAGUUAAGACAAUGUUUCUGGCAAAAAAAUAUGUAAGGAAUAUAGGUAACAUUUGUAAACUUGGAACAUAAGUUGCGGGAGCUGAAAUUUAGAGACCUCAAAUAAACAGGUACGUCAACCUGUCAGGCUUUAAUUUAAUUAAAGCGCCCAGCUGAAUGGGGUGGAUGCGCAAGAGGGUUUCUAAUAUGAUAAUUUCUACCCCGACGUUUCGAAUAUUGAUGUAGAAGUUACGAGCCAUCCUACUGACGUACGAUGAUGCACAAUACGCUUAAAUGUGCCUGUAAAUACGACAUGACAGUAUCUGCACAGAAAUGAUAUCUAAAUCACUGUCAGGUAACUUUGUCACACGUCACCACCCAUACCUUUAGUAGCAUCACUCGCGUCACCUUCUGUGACGUUAUUGUAGUAGGUCAAUAUAAGCUCCUUAAGCAUCCCCUGAGGCAGUCUCAGACCAACAUCUCUUAUCUGUAGUUGUUGCCCAGCCACCACACGCCUUUAUUUACGUGCUGACGGCUCCAACACUCACUUGAUCACUCUCGCUUGUGUCGAUAUUGCUACCCGAUCUAAUCCUGUAAUAACACCUCACUGUGCCUUAUCUUAAAUAAAUACUAGUUUACAGUU